AACACUGCACUCCUGGCAACAGUUAAAAGGGUUCUAUUCUUCAGUUAAUCAUUGAUGUGGUGGGCAGUCACCCUCACGGUCAUUGCUCUGAAAGUCAAAAUCAGACUUUAUGCUAAAAGAAAGAGGCAAACAAAAAAGGCUACCAAAAGCAGUUAGAUACUUCUUUAAAAGGUUCUUUUCCACCUUUAUUCCAGUAAGCCUGUUUUGGAAAUGUUAGAGACCCUCUUAUGGCUGCACAGGCCCAAUGCAACGGCUCUAACCCAGUUGGUUGUACAUGAGGAAGGAUCAGGUCCAUUUGCGAUGAUCAUUAUCCCAAGCUUGCUGGCUCUCAGCACCCUGAUUGUUGUGUCUCAGAUAAUAUGGAGCUUCGUUACCAAAAGAUCAUCAGCUCAGGUUAUCACAGGCUCAUCUUCAAAUGUAAACGAAGGGGAGCCCGUACCCUUAGACACAGGCGUCGGGACCCUGCAGCCUGCACAGGAAGCUUUGGGUCAAUGGGAGAUACCUACUCAGUGCACCCUGGUGGGGAUUGAGCCACUUCAGAUGGGACGUUAUGGGCCAAUCUGCAAGGGUCAGCUAAAACAAGACAACACAUCCACUGCUGUAGUGAUUAAAACUCUUAAAGACAGGUCAAAUCAAUCGGAGGCUACAGAAUUUGUGGAUUUGGUCCUCUUCCAUGCAACAGUGAGCAAACACAAGAAUAUAGUGAAGAUGUUAUACUGCCAGACAUGCCGGACACCCAUGUACUUGGUUUUGGAGGCAAGCCUUCCAGGGAACCUCCUGCAUUUCCUCUGGAGUCUUCGAGAAGACAGAUGUGGCGCAGGUGAUAACUUCCAAGUGUUUUCAGAGAGGUCUGUUUAUCUAGUAGCUAAACAGAUAGCAGCAGGUCUGGACUACUUACACUCCUACCACAGAAUUAUUCAUGGAGAUGUUGCAGCCCGGAACAUGUUGAUCGGUUCAGGGCUCUCCAUCAAAGUAUCUGGAUUGGACUGGGCUUUUAAGAGCCGCCAGAUGAGAAUGGUGAACAAGGAACAAGAAGUCAAUGUGCCGGUAAAAUGGCAGGCGCCAGAACGGAUAAUGAGGCUUCCUCUAACAGACAGGAGUGAUGUAUGGUCUUUUGGAAUCCUGCUUUACGAGAUGAUAACCCUGGGGUCUCCUCCCUAUCCUGACCUGGAUCCAUCUGAAGUGCUGCCCAACACUUUAGCCCAUUACCGGAUGAAAAGACCAGAAAACUGUGGAGCCCCAUUAUAUGACUUAAUAAAGUACUGCUGCAUGUGGAACUUCAAGGACCGGCCUGUGUAUUCUGCCAUUAUUCGGCUUCUAGACUCAUACAAGUACCUCGCUGACACAAAACCGCUUCGCUCUGAACAAGAAAUGGACAUCUGUGAAUACAGGAGGAAAGCAGGGCUGCCUCAGUGAGAUCUACACAUUCAGAGGAUUUCCAAUUUAUAAUUUCUACAGUGCGUAAAAAUGGCACAAUAGAUUCAGUUCCAUUAAGACUAACAACAGUUUCAGCUAGUUUGUAACUUUGUAGAGAGACCGAAGAACCCCUUAGCAUUCCUAAGGUCUCUUUUGAAUGGUAUUUGUACCACGGGUGGUAGAGUGAGUGGAAUGCUAACAGGCUAGCCAUGUCAUGACUAGCAGAACAUCACUAGAUGUCGCCCUAUCAACGUUUUUCAGCUAAAUAUAUUAUCGCUAAUCUAAAAUCAAAAAGCACUUUCAGAAUCGUUGUCAUUUUAAUUUCUGUUUUUGAUCAAAGUGGUGGCUAAUGCCAUGUUAUUUAUUUAUCUGAUGCCACGUUACGACAGAUUUAUUGUGUUAGCAACUGUAACUGUAGCAAGGGGUAUUAAAAGAGAAAAUAUA